UUCCGCCACACAGACGGACGGACAGACGGAGUGUGUUCACUGUCAGUGCGCCUCGGCUGCUGUGCUCUCCUGCUGUCUGUCUCUGUCUCUGUGCGCGUGAGUCACCCCCCAGUCCUCGCCUGUCCGGUCCAGAUUUGGGUUCGAGGUGGAGGCAUGUAGCACCGGAUUCCCCCGCGCCGAGCAGCAUGUAGCACCUGGAGCUCAUCGCCUCCCUCCUGCGCUCCUCCUCCGUCUCCUCUCCCUCCUGGAGCGGUCAUUUCUCCUCUCGCGAAAGCAUCGCCUGCACAGGGAUUUUUCGGGGAUUUUUUUGUUUUUGGGGUGGGUGGGGGGAUUUAUUUAUUUUAGAGGAGUGUCUGUGUGUGUUCAUCCCCGCCGCUCUGCACCUUUCGGUCGAUGGUCGUUGAGGAAGCUUCCAUCUUAAGUCCCGUAAAUACCGAGAGAACCAUGGCGAGCGACUCCCCGGCGCGGAGUCUGGACGAGAUAGACCUGACUGCACUACGGGACCCAGCUGGUAUCUUUGAGCUGGUCGAACUGGUUGGAAAUGGCACCUAUGGGCAGGUCUACAAGGGUCGCCAUGUCAAAACAGGCCAGCUUGCUGCCAUCAAGGUCAUGGACGUCACAGGAGAUGAGGAGGAGGAGAUUAAAGCAGAGAUCAACAUGUUAAAGAAGUACAGCCACCACAGGAACAUUGCAACCUAUUACGGAGCCUUCGUCAAGAAAAACCCUCCUGGAAUUGAUGACCAGCUAUGGCUGGUGAUGGAGUUCUGCGGGGCCGGAUCGGUGACAGAUCUGAUCAAAAACACCAAAGGGAACUCCCUGAAGGAGGAGUGGAUCGCCUACGUCUGCAGAGAGAUCCUCAGGGGUCUGACCCAUCUCCACCAGCACAAGGUCAUCCACAGAGAUAUCAAGGGCCAGAAUGUGCUGCUGACAGAGAACGCAGAGGUUAAACUAGUGGACUUUGGUGUGAGCGCUCAGCUGGACCGUACAGUGGGACGGAGGAACACGUUUAUCGGGACGCCGUACUGGAUGGCCCCGGAGGUCAUCGCCUGUGACGAGAACCCCGACGCCACAUAUGACUUCAAGAGUGAUCUGUGGUCGCUCGGUAUCACAGCUAUAGAGAUGGCAGAGGGAGCACCACCUCUGUGUGACAUGCAUCCAAUGAGAGCGCUCUUCCUCAUCCCCAGAAAUCCUGCCCCCAGACUCAAGUCUAAGAAGUGGUCGAAGAAGUUCCAGUCGUUCAUAGACAGCUGUCUGGUGAAGAGCCACAGUCAGAGGCCGAGCACCGAGCAGCUCCUCAAACACCCGUUCAUCAGGGACCUUCCCAACGAGCGGCAGGUCCGCAUCCAGCUGAAGGACCACAUCGACCGCACCAAGAAGAGGAGGGGGGAGAGGGAUGAGACAGAAUACGAGUACAGUGGGAGUGAGGAGGAGGAUGAAGAGAGGGACGUUGGAGAGCCCAGUUCCAUCAUCAACAUUCCCGGGGAGUCCACUCUGAGACGGGAUUUCCUGCGCCUCCAGUUGGCCAAUAAGGAGCGGUCGGAGCUGAUCCGGCGUCAGCAGCUGGAGCAGCAGCAGAACGAGGAACACAAGCGGCAACUAUUGGCUGAGAGACAGAAACGUAUCGAGGAGCAGAAAGAACAGAGGCGCCGGCUGGAAGAGCAACAGCGUCGGGAGCGAGAGAUGAGGAAGCAGCAGGAGCGAGAACAAAGGAGGAGGUACGAAGAGAUGGAGCAGCUCCGCCGAGAGGAGGAGAGGAGGCACGCAGAGAGAGAACAGGAGUAUAUCCGUAGACAGCUGGAGGAGGAACAGAGGCAGCUGGAGAUCCUGCAGCAGCAGCUCCUGCAGGAGCAGGCCUUACUGCUGGAGUACAAGAGGAAGCAGAUUGAGGAGCAGCGGCAGGCCGAGCGGCUGCAGAGGCAGCUGCAGCAGGAGCGAGCGUACCUGGUGUCGCUGCAGCAGCAGCAGCAGCAGGAGCCGCCGCGGCCGCCGCAGGACAAGAAGCAGCUGUACCACUACAAAGACCAGGCGCCCGGCAGCAACGACAAGCCCGCCUGGGCCAAAGAGGUAAUGCGUCGAGCUCAGAGCAACUCACCUCGUAUCCCUCCCAAGAAAUACCACUCCUUCAACGAGAAGCGAGACGUUAAACUCGACAGCCUCCUCUUACUCCCCGGUUACAAACCCCGCCGCCCCCGCCCCCCUUCCUACCCCGCACAUGACAGUCCUACAAGGGAUCACCUCCACGGGCCUCAAAUCCGUGUCACCUGUGUCCCUGACUCCCCUGAGCCAGUGAUGCGCCGGCAGAGCCCCGACAGGAACCCCGACUCCAGGGGCCGGACCCCCGCCCGCCGGGUGGAGGAGCAUUAUAAGAUGAACAGACAGACUUCUCCUGCAUUGCAGCAUAAAGUCUCCAACCGGAUCUCGGACCCGUCGCUGCCGCCCCGCUCCGAGUCCUUCAGCAGCGGAGGCAUCCAGCAGGCCCGGACCCCGCCGAUGCACCGCUCCGUCGAACCGCAGAUGGCCCACCUGGUGCAGGUGAAGAGUCACGGUCUGUCAGGCUCCCAGUCUCUGUACGACCCCCACGGCGUGUCCUCCUCCUCGGCGUCGCCCUCCCCCUCCCGGCCUCCCAUGCCCCGGCAGAACUCCGACCCCACCUCCGACACCCCUCCUCCCCCACCCCUCUCCCGCCUGGCGCCCCCCCUCGACAAGUUGGACCGCAGCUCCUGGCUGCGGCAGGACGACGACAUGCCCCCCAAGGUUCCUCAGAGGACGACCUCCAUCUCUCCUGCUUUGGUCAGGAAGCACUCUCCUGGAAAUGGACCUGGCCUGGGACCUCGGGCUGGAGCUCACCUCAUACGGGCUAGCAACCCCGACCUGCGGAGGACUGACGUUUCCAUGGAGACGCCCCUGAAGAGGACGAGCAGCGGCAGCUCCUCCAGCUCCAGCACCCCCAGCUCCCAGGGAGGCUCCAACGAACGGGGUAAUUCAGCCAUUAAGACCGAAGGCUCAACACUUUCUUCCCACGAGACCAAAGACGACAGCAGAGAGGUGACACGACCCAGCAGGCCUGCAAGCUAUAAGAAAGCUGUAGAUGAGGACCUGACAGCUCUGGCCAAAGAGCUCAGAGAGCUGCGACAGGGGGAGGAAACCAGCCGCCCGCCUGUCAAAGUGACGGACUACUCGUCGUCCAGUGACGACUCUCACAGCAGCGAGGAUGAGGAGGGAGAGGGCGGGCCUAAUGACGGAACAGUGGCUGUCAGUGAUAUACCACGCAUUAUGCCAGCAGCAAGUCAAGGUACCAACGAGUCCUUUGGCAUGAUGGGAAGUCACAACGACACCCACGACGACUCGUAUGGAAACAGCUCCCAGGACAGCACCCUGAUGAUGCGUGAGAAACAUAGGGAACGGAGGCGGAGCUCUACUGCCAGCAACGGUUUCCCCGGAAACGCUAAUCUGUUCCCUGGCAACGCCAAUCUCCCUGAUUUGGUGCAGCAAAGCACCUCCCCUCUGGUCUCCCCUGGCGACGCCUCUGGGGCCCAAUACGGGAUGGGAAGCGGUGGAGGCUCCAAGGCUUCCUUCACGCCGUUCGUUGAUCCGAGGGUGUAUGGGACCUCCCCGACCGACGACGACGAUAACAUCUCUGCCUCAGCGCUGUUUGCUGAUGAGCUGCUGAAGCACGAGCAGGAGCAGGCGAGGCUCAACGAGGCCAGGAAGAUCUCUGUGGUCAACGUGAACCCGACCAAUAUCAGACCGCACAGCGACACACCCGAGAUCCGCAAAUACAAGAAACGCUUCAACUCCGAGAUCCUCUGCGCAGCUCUCUGGGGAGUGAAUCUGCUGGUGGGGACGGAGAACGGCCUGAUGUUGCUGGAUAGAAGCGGUCAAGGCAAAGUUUACAACCUGAUCAAUCGACGGCGCUUCCAACAGAUGGACGUCCUGGAGGGACUCAACGUCCUGGUCACCAUCUCAGGGAAGAAGAACAAGCUGCGUGUUUAUUACCUGUCCUGGCUGAGGAACAGGAUAUUACACAACGACCCUGAAGUGGAAAAGAAACAGGGUUGGAUCACUGUUGGGGAGCUGGAGGGCUGCGUGCACUACAAAGUCGUGAAGUAUGAGAGGAUAAAAUUUUUGGUGAUUGCUCUGAAGAACUCGGUGGAGAUCUACGCCUGGGCGCCUAAACCUUACCACAAGUUUAUGGCCUUCAAGUCGUUCACUGACCUGCAGCAUCGCCCCCAGCUGGUGGACCUGACUGUGGAGGAGGGACAGAGGUUAAAGGUCAUCUACGGCUCCAGUGUUGGCUUCCAUGUCAUCGAUGUGGACUCUGGCAACCCCUACGACAUCUACAUCCCCUCACAUAUUCAGGGUCAGGUGACCCCGCACGCCAUCGUGGUUCUGCCCAAGACGGACGGCAUGGAGAUGCUGCUGUGCUACGAGGACGAGGGCGUCUACGUCAACACCUACGGACGCAUCACCAAAGACGUGGUGCUGCAGUGGGGCGAGAUGCCCACCUCCGUCGCCUACAUCCACUCCAACCAGAUCAUGGGCUGGGGAGAGAAGGCCAUUGAGAUCCGCUCCGUGGAAACGGGACACCUCGACGGAGUUUUCAUGCACAAGCGAGCUCAGCGACUGAAGUUCCUGUCAGAGAGGAACGACAAGGUUUUCUUCGCCUCGGUGCGUUCUGGAGGCAGCAGUCAAGUCUUCUUCAUGACCCUCAACAGAAGCUCUAUGAUGAACUGGUAACCCUUCUCCUUCGACCCACAACCCUCCUCUUCUUUACAAUGAACAUCGCCCGACAUCAGGAGAGAGGGACGGAGGGAUGACAGGAGGACAGUGUGUGUGUGUGUGUGUGUGUGUGUGUGUGUGUUUGUGGAGGAAAUCAACGAGUUGCUGAACGGACAAUUGAGCAACUGGAGGAGGCGUUAAACCACAGGAGUGUGUCCCCCAAAUAGAUCCCCUCCAACUAUAGGAGGCCCCAUGGAUGGUGACACUGCCUGCUGGGCAAUGGUGACUCCACAAACCAUGGACGGCGCCUUCGCUGUGGACUGUUCGAAUGGGCUGAUGGUUGUUCUUGAGAGUUUUGAUCCAGACUUUGAAGGACACUGACAUGCCGAGUAGCCUUUGACUUCCCCAUCUGAAUGAAUGGGGAGCUGUAGAGAAGUUCUCUGUGUAGCACAUUAACGGUUUCUUACAGGGUGUUCACACUGCGAGUACGAUUUGUCGUUCGACUCUGCUUGUUGGUGGUGAUGCAGGUGUUCUGACUGCGAGUAUUUCAGCGCAUCAGACAUCUUUUACUGCAGUGUUACAGUGAGUAAACAUUGCUGGCUGUUAAGGUAGCAUCAAUAGGAGAAGAAAACUUGAGCUUGUCAUUGACCCAAAUAGAGGAUGCAACAGUUUUUGAGACGGGCUGAACCAAAAUCAGUUUGGAGGCAACUCAGUACAUCCACACUAAGCCGGUUAAAGUUUUCCCCUCCAAUUUGGCCUUGUGUCCACAAUGAGCCGGUGGUUGUCUCUCCCAAAAAUGUAGCUUUUUGAAAGCAAAGUGGAUAAAUAAAUAAACUCUAAAAAACCAAAUGUUUUACUGUGGACCAGCAAGAAAACAGCAACCUAAGCCUGUCCAGACACAGUCGCGGACUGUUUGACAGUGAAGUUAAGAAGCAACUGCUGGCCAGAUGUUGGCUGUGUGGUUGUUUGUAGAUCGUUGUUGAGACGUCGAGUAAAGUCCCCUUUGCAAUGUGUGAUUUCAGACUGUGCUAGAUGAAAGCUGACAAUCGUGAGAGAAACGCGGUGAAAUCUUUGAAAUCCAAACGAUGGUCCUAGAUAUCACUGUUUUUCGUCCACCACCGCUUUGGAGACCAAACACAGCCUGCGUCAAAUUUAUGAACCCACAACAUCCCACAUCUACAACCAUCCAAUCGAAAAACGCCAUGAAAUGACACAGAAUACAGAAGCAGGCUGGUGUUAUCACUUAAAUUGGCAUGGUUUUUUUACAAUCUUUACAAUCUCCUCCUGCUCCUCUUUUGAGAUUUUUCAAUGCAUAGAAGUAUCAGCGUAGUGGUCAAAGCUUGUUUUGCCACAUUUUUUAAAACCUGAGAUGGAUGAUGCAAGUUGACGACGUGUCUGUCUCUUGCAUCUGUUUUUUUAUUUGAUCUUAUACACCGUAGAGCUAUAAUUCAGCCGACAUUCAUCACACAAUCCGAUAUGCCUCAAAACGGAUAUCGUACAGUCUGACACACAUUGUGACCACGACUUUGUUAGCCUCAUCUCACACAGUGUGAUAUGCAAUGAACUGUACAGGCGCCUUAAAAAGAGAUGUUGCCAUUUUCGUUCAGGCAUUUAAGUUUGAACAGCGACCUUUACAAGAAGAAGCUAAUGCGGACACAUCAUUUUCAAACUUUUCUGAUUUAGUGUGGACAAUCAGCCUUUAACCACUCAGAGCCACUGGCCAAAUGUUGAAUUCAAAUUAUAUAUAUGAUGGUCUUUGUCGUUGUCAGCAUCUAAACCACUUCUGAUAGUGACGACUGAAUCUCACUGGAUGUUUUAUAGACUAACAUCUUGUAGCAAAAACUCAAGGGUGUCAGAUGUUUUCUACACGAAGCAAAAAUCGGAAGGGGCUACAUCAGAAUCCGUUGAACUUGAAAUUCCAGCUGUGCUCCGACAUGCAUGUCGUUUCCUGAUGACGGUGUUGCUCACAGUGUGAACACUCAUUUUGAGUGCUGCUGCUGAAACACCUUCUAUGUCUGUUCCCCAUUAGGAGAGAGAAAUACUACAAACAAGCAGUUAGCGUCACAGGGGAAAUGAGACGUUUUACAUCUGUCAUUGAGGAUGCUGCACAGUUGCUUUCAGCUACUGUGGCUACUUUGUCCUGGUAUAUUUCUGGUGGGGGAAGGAAGGCUGUAGAUAUUGUAUUAUUGCUGCAACAGCAACACAAUAACAAAAUCUUAACAUCAUGUCUCACGAGAAGAACUUGGCGUAGAGUAGUUGCCAACUUCUGGAAGUUUCUUCUUUUGCUGCCCUUUGUUCUCUCCACCUUUUUCUGUCCCUGCUGUUCUGUGUACACUGCACCUGUGUAAAUACUCACUUUUGAUGUUAAGGACAGACUUCGCAAAGCAGGUUAGGACACUGAAGAAAAAAAAUAAGUCUCGCUUUCUAUUUUUUUUUUUGUCAUACCUCUGUAAAUCUGUCCGUUCCGUAGUUUCUCUCAGAUGGGAGUUCUUUCUGACCAACGAGCCGAGCGAAGACUUACACAAAAGUUUGGUUUGGGUUAACACUCCAAGUUUACUCUUUUUCUCCGUAGUUCAUCGCUGUUUAUUUAGUUGUGCAUUUUGCAUGGUGGCAUACCUGUUUUACCUGUCGUCACUUGUUAUGAAUUGUAAGUUUAAGGCAAUACACUGACUGGUCUGACUGUAGAAGCUGGGCAGUGAGACUCAAAUUUUCUACAUGAGCCCUAAAGCAUUUUUCUCACAACACUGAGCUGUAAAUUAAAAGUUUUGAAAUUAUAACAACUUAGCUUAGCAUCUGGGCUUUUAUCUCACGAGUAACAGUCAGAUAAGUCAAGACUGUAACACUGAAUAAUUAUACAUUUACCAUUAGAUUUAUAUUUUAGGCAUUUUGUUGAAGCUCACACCCAGAGCAGCUUAUAAAGUGGGAGCGGGACUGGGUUCAGCAUCACUUUGGAUGAAAUUUUCUAUUUUUUUGCGGGGUUGACCCUUUGACGAUGGUCUCUGUAAAUGCUGAUGUUUUUGGGAUUGUGAUCAGGCUGCAACAGAGGAAAGUGGGUCAUCUCUUACUUGAUAUUCUUUUAUUGUUCAUUGAUCUUAAAGGAUAGGUGUAAGCGAUGCCGCUUUAAGGCCGUCUGAAGCCUUUUACAUGUGCAGGAUGUUAGCAUUAAUCAACACCCUGUGAAUAAAGGUCAGGAGGCAUGGUCAGUUUGAGAAACCAUAGAUAAAAAGAUAUAUAUACUGUAAGAAUUUUCGUUAUGAUGAUAUCUUACUGAUCAUUUUAAAGAAAGACAAAAAAAUAAUGUUCACUUAUAAAAGCUUAGUUGUCUUUCUACAGAAUAGAGAACAUAGCUAUAAGAAUUUCUAAAAAAAAAAAAAUACAAUGUUUUUAUCGUGGUAUUAUUUGUAUUUGUAUUUCAAUUUUUGUACGUAUCAAGACUGUGAACGUAUGUACGGCUGUCAGCCCGUGAGCGUGUGUGUGUUUGAGUGUGUAGGUGAGCAGGUGUGUGCACAGGUGUGUGGCAUGCAUGUGAGUGUAUGUUUUCACCUUGUCUGAAUCACUGGAAUCAGUCAGAAGACGACCUCAGUCUGGUAACGCACAUCUGUGAUGUUGGAAAUUCUACAAUAAAUGUCAUCUCCUUGUACAGCAA